UGUUCCCUUCUUUGUUGUUGCAGCUGGUUUCAUGGCAAAAUAGCACGAAAUGAAGUGGAGAGAUUGCUCUCUCCUCCAAGCAAUGGCAGAUACCUGGUGCGGGAGAGUGGCAACUAUCCCGGGAACUACACGCUGUGUUUGAGCAAUGACAACACAGUGGAGUACUACCGUAUCAUUUACUCCGAUGGCAAGUUUUUCAUAGACGACUCUCAGCGCUUUGACACCCUCAUCCAACUGGUAGAGCACUACGAACAAGAUGCUGAUGGUCUCUGCAGCAAACUAAUUGAGCCACAGUUGAAGAAGGAGAUUGUAGAUGUCCAAACAGAAAUGUUGAGAGGUGGCUGGGUGCUGAACAGAAAAAACCUCAAAUUAGAGAAUGUCAUUGGAAGGGGAGAGUUUGGAGAAGUUAAGUUGGCUGACUACAAGGGGACUAAAGUAGCUGUGAAAUGCAUUAGAAAUGAUGCGACUGCGCAGGCCUUUAUUACAGAGGCCUCUGUCAUGAUGAAACUACAUCACAAUAACUUGGUGAAGCUGCAUGGCGUGAUCGCUGAGGAGGACGGCAGCUUAUUCAUCAUCACUGAAUACAUGACUAAGGGUACCUUGGUGGACUACCUACGUUCCAGAGGAAGGGCUGUACUCGGUGAAGUUGCUCUUCUUCGAUUUUCAUUACAUGUGUGCGAUGCCAUGAUGUAUUUGGAGGCCAAUAACUUUGUCCACCGCGACCUGGCAGCUCGUAAUGUUCUUUUGACAGAGGACCACGUGGCUAAAGUCAGCGACUUUGGUUUGACCAAGAAGGUGUCUUCAGUUGAGGCCAUUAACAAGAUGCCCGUGAAGUGGACUUCACCCGAGGCCCUCAGAGAACAAAAAUUCUCCACCAAAUCGGAUGUUUGGAGUUACGGUGUUUUGCUUUGGGAGAUUUUCUCAUUUGGUCGAAUUCCUUAUCCAAAAGUUCAAUUAAAAGACGUGGGGCCUUUACUGGAGAGCGGAUUCCGGAUGCCUCCUCCAGACAGAUGUCCUGCAGAUCUCUACAACAUCAUGAAGCAGUGCUGGCAACUGGAUCCUGCUCGUCGCCCAAAUUUUAAGCAGUUGAUGGUGCAGCUGCAAGAUAUCCGCAAGGGCUUCCGGAAAAACCACACGCUGGUGUGACAAAGCCAUCUGUAUCGUGUCGCCUACUGUUGUUUGGAUUCUAAUGAGGGAAGAAAAAAAAUACCUCCAUUGACCAUCAUUUGACGAUGUUCACAACGUAUUACAGCAUUGAUAACAUGUUCCUUUAUUGUUUUUACACCAAUGACAAUUUUAUUGGCUGUUUUGGGAAGUGUCAUGUGUUAAGUACGUCUUCCUGCGUUCUCUGAAUGUUAAUGAGCCUUUUUGUGGACGAUUAUGACAAUAUUUGGCAACACUGACGGGAAAUAUCUCCCAAACCACAAUUGACUGACAAUCAUCCUAUAAACACGUGAUAUGCAGCCUAUUUAAAAACAUAUAUUGAUAUUUUCUGAAUGUUUUCCAACCCGAUUUGAUUGCUACUGAAUAUCAUGUGGAAUAGAAACAAGAGCCAAUAUGAUCUUAUUCUCCACAAUUGUUUUAUAUUUUUUUCUCCAUGAAUGUAUUGUUUUCAUCUUGUUUGGAAAUACUCCCCCCCCCCCCCAAAAAAAACAGUAUCUUGUGGAAAUUUUUGGGGGCAUAGUUUCUCUAACAUUUUGUGUCAAAUUGUCGAGGAAAACCAGUUUUGAUUUUGAGCACAAAUGUGUUAACCAAUUGUUGAACAGUUUAAGAACAUUUCUCAACAAGCUAUUGCAAGGAAUUAAAGGGUUUUACCAUCUACGGUCCAUAAUAUCAUCAAAAGGUUCAGAGAACCUGGAAAAAUCACUACAUGUAAGCGACAAGGCUUAAAAAAACAACAUUGAAUGCCCGUGACCUUCGAUCUCAGGCGGUACUGCAUCAAAAGGUGACAUCAGUGUGUAAAAGAUAUCACCACAUGGGCUCAGGAGUACGUCAGAAAACCACUGUCAGUACAGUUGGUCGCUACAUCUGUAAGUUUAAGUUAAAACUCUACUAUGCAAAGCGAAAACGAUUGAUCAACAACACCCAGAAAUGCAGCUGGCUUCACUGGGCCUGAGCUGAAAUUGUCGAAAAGGCCAAUUUUGAUUUCAAAAGAGAAAUGGUACUUUUCUUGCAAUGAAGAUUUCAUCAAAUUUGGAGAAUACCGUUAACAAUCCAUAUUUACAAAUCCAGAGUGAUUACGUGUAUAUUAAUUAUUAACCCUUUCUAAAAUAUAUUUUUUUAAAUGUACAACUCACCAAUGAUGGCAAAGGAGAACAGAAUGAAAACUUCCCACUUUCUAAAAAACUAUUUAAAUCAAGUACACAUUUAAAAGUCCUGUAUAGUAUGGUGCUUUCUUUUGUUUUUCAUGUUAUUUUCUUGCUCUCUUUGAUUUAAUAUAUUGACUAUUGUUUUGUAUUUGAUGUAGAUAUUUUGGAACAUUUUACAUAUUUUUUUUACGUGCGUAUUUUUGUCGUUUUAAAAGCUGGCGUUUGUUUUGUGUGUAUAGUUUUGUAUUGAAUUGUUGAAAUAAAGUUCUGGGAAAAAAGGGC